CCCCGGGCUUUGAUAAGGAACGAUCAAUGGCCAGCUCGUACCUCGGACUACGCUGCAACCUCACACACCGUUCUUCCGCCACCCCUCUUUAUUCUUGACCCUGGAAGGAAAAUGAGUGCUUCACGGUCACCGCAAGAUAUCCCAAGUGAAGAAGACGAUCCCCGUACCAUUGUCUACGAUCCGACUGACCCGUUCUGGCGCGACACUGAUGAUGAUGAUGAUGACGACAUGGAUUAUGUGCCAGCUACUGGUGGCAGUGAGGAUGAGGAAGGUGACAGUGCAGACUUAAGUUUUCAUGAUGCGGCAGAGAACUUGAGCGGGGUCGAGAUCGAAGUCGAAGUCACUGAGGAUGAUGACGAAGACGAAUCUGAAGACAGCGAUGACAGCGAGGAAGGUGGUGUUGGAGGCGCGAACCCUGGUCGUCCAAUUUACAUCUCCAGCGAACAAAUAGUACAACUAUUGGGAAACACAGGUCUCAGACAACUUUUGGCCACUGGUGGCCUGAGAUUGGGAGCGCGGCGCCCAGUACGCAUACAAGACGAUGACGAUGAAGAGGGAGGUACCGGCUAUGAUCCGGUUGGACCCCGAACUCGGCGGAGAAGAGGCGGAGGAAGAGCUGCGUUCCAGAAGGUGCCGAGCGAUGAAGGGAGAGAAUUGAUGAAUACAGGAAUAUUCGGUUCGAACGAUAGGCCUCGCGACAGUAUAAAAAGAAGAAAGCGGCUUGCGUACGACGUCAUGUCAAGAGAGCUUGGAACGGGCAGUGUCGGUCGACAGAAGAAUGUGAAUAAAGUCAUGAGACAGGGAAUGAUACCAGGAUCGAUGGCAGACACUAUCAUCCACUACAACUCCCGCUGCUACUCGGGACAGUUCUCAGAUGACGGCAACUUCUUUUUCUCAUGUGCGCAAGAUUUCAAAGUGCGAAUGUACGACACGUCGAAUCCCUACGACUGGAAAUUCUAUAAGUCGGUGGUGUAUCCAUAUGGGCAGUGGACCAUCACUGAUGCAUCGUUGUCUCCGGACAAUCGUUUCCUUGCCUAUUCCUCAAUCCGAUCUACCGUGUGCCUUGCUUCGACUGACCCGAACGACACAUCUGAGCCAAAUCUUCUUGAUUUCGCCAACAUCAGUAAUCAUAACCCACGUACGUACCACACUUACUUCGGAAUCUGGUCGAUUCGUUUCUCUGGUGAUGGCCGUGAGAUAGUCGCCGGGACAGGGGACAAUUCCGUCUACGUGUAUGACAUCGAGCGGCAACAAACUAUUCUACGCAUACCAGGUCACGAGGAUGAUGUCAAUGCUGUGUGCUUUGGUGAUACACAGAGUCCACACAUUUUGUAUUCCGGCAGUGAUGAUACGACGCUGAAAGUCUGGGAUCGACGAAGCAUGGGUGACGGUCGUGAAGCUGGUGUCUUUCUCGGUCACACCGAGGGCUUGACUUAUGUCGACAGUAAAGGCGACGGGCGAUACGUGCUUUCGAACGGCAAAGACCAAACUGCAAAACUCUGGGAUCUUCGGAAAAUGCACUCAAAGGAAAAAGCCGAUCGCAUCGACAUCAAUGCUUACACAACUCGCUUCGAAUACCGGACCAAUGCGUACGACGAAUCUGAAUACCAACCGCAUCCCCACGACUGCUCGCUCGUUACAUUCCGAGGGCAUAAAGUACUCAGGACUCUCAUCCGGUGCCACUUCUCGCCACCGGGAAGUACGGACUCAAGAUACGUUUACAGCGGAAGUUACGAUGGGAAGAUUUAUGUGUGGAAUUUGGAUGCAACGCUCGCGGGCAAGAUUGAUGUGCUCAAAGCGACCAAAAACAGUCGGCCGCGGGAUCCGAAUAUGUUGGACGAAACUUACGACUUUUACGGAAGAAACAGCAGUAGCUGGAUGACUUGUGUGAGAGAUGCCAGCUGGCACCCCAAUGCACCAGUUGUUGCUGCGACAUCCUGGAACGGCUGGGGAACGUCCCAAGGAACAUGUACUGUCCAUACAUGGAAUGAUGGUCUUGAGGAAGAUGAGGGAGAGCCAAAGAUUGGAAGACGAGUGAAUGCGUUGCUGCAACAUGACGAACGACUGUACACAGCCACAGCUCCUCCAAGAAGGCACUGGUACGACGACUAUAUGAACGAUGAGUAA